GGCGGGGCAAGAUGGCGGCGCUGUGGCGGGCGCUGCGGGCGCUGCGGGCGCUGCCCGCCGGGGCUCGGGGCCGCUCGGCGGGGUCGCCCGGGGCCGUGGCGCUGCCGCGGCCGCUCGGGGCCGAUGCGCACGAGGAGGAGCCGAUGUUGGUGGCGCAGAGGAAGAACCCCGACUAUCACGGCUUCUCGGCCGACCCCGAGGCCGACGUGCUGAACAUGCGCGCCGCCUUCCUGGCCGGCAUCUCCAUCGCCAUCGUCCUGGGCUCUGUCUUCGUCCAUUACCUGCCCGACUACGGGCUGCAGCAGUGGGCGCGGCGCGAGGCCGAGAUCCUGGUGCGGGAGCGGGAGCGCUGUGGGGAGCCCCUGCUCACCUCCAACUACUACGACCCCAAGCGCCUCCCACUGCCCCCCCCGGAGUGACCCUCAGACCCUCAGCCGCUCCCCCGGAGUGACCCCGGACCCCGGUGUUGGUUUGUGAAUAAAGUUCUGGGUCCCCCCCCGA